AUGUCUGAGAAGGGUGUGGCGCCAGAUUGCCUUUCAUUCAAGGCAAAUCUUCAGGGUUUGUGCAAGGAUAAGAGGGAAACUGAGUCUGAGGAGCUUCUUAAGGAGAUGAAUGGGAAGGGUUUGGCCACUGAUAACAAUAUGAUAGUUCUUGCACAUUGCUAUGUGGGGAUUGUAGAGGAAGCUUUAGAGAUUUUGAGGGACAUGGCUGAGAAGGGAGUGGAGCCAGAUUGCUUUUCAUUCAAGGCAGUUCUUCAGGGUUUAUGCAAGUAUAAAAGGAAAAUUGAGGCUGAGGAGCUGCUUAAGGAGAUGAACGGGAAGGGUUUGGCAACUGGUGACAAUAUGACAGUUCUUGCACAAUAA